AUGAACGGCCAUGGAGGCUCACGUCCGUCCUUCUCGGAGCCAUCAGACUUCCUCCGCAUAGGAUAUCGCUUCAUUCGGAGGAAUCUCAUAAACGCAAAGAGACGGUGGAAUGCACGAGAUCUUGUAGGAGCUAUUCCGGUUUUGGUUGUGCUAUGGAUAUGGACAUUACACUGGGGUGAGCGGACUGUCUUCGAUCGCAGUGUUGCUUCGUGCGACUGGGAUACAUGGGAGCAAUGGCCGUCAAAUGCCAAACCCCACAGACUCGCCUUCGUGGCAGAUCCACAGUUAGUUGAUCCGCAUACCUACCCCGGACGUCCGUGGCCUCUGUCCACUUUCACCACUUUACAUACCGAUAACUACAUUCAUCGUGCAUGGACCAGAAUCAACAAUGUUCUAUACCCUGAUACUGUGUUUUUCCUCGGAGAUCUUUUUGAUGGCGGCCGGGAAUGGUCCACAACAACUACCAAAAGCGAAGAGGUGCAAUGGCGACAAUACGGACAAAAGUUUUGGUUGAAAGAGUAUGAUAGAUUUGGGAAACUUUUCUAUCCAGCUUGGACGAAGUCGGGCGUCGUUCCAAGAGAAGGCCAACCCGGGCGUAAGCUGAUCGACAGUCUACCGGGGAACCACGACCUGGGAUUCGCGAGCGGGAUACAGACUUCUGUGAGGAAAAGAUUUCAAGCUUAUUUUGGUGAAGGUAGCAGGGUCGAUGUCAUUGCGAAUCAUACAUUUGUUUCCCUUGACUCAGUCUCUCUCAGUGCCAAAGGCUCGACUUCAACUACAGACGAACAGAUAUGGAAACCCGUACAGGAAUUUCUGGAUAACGUCCAAAGCACAAAGAAGCGUGCAGUCAUUCGAGAGCUCAGGCGUCAACAAGGUCUUAACACCGUACAGCUUUAUAAACACGAGCUAGUAGAUACGGAUGAUCUGGCGAGCAACAUGCUGCCCGAAUUUCAAGAAGAUCCGCCGGGCUUCCCAACGAUCUUACUUACUCAUGUUCCGUUGUACAGAUCUCCAGGGGAGCCAUGUGGUCCUAUGCGAGAACGUCAUCCCCCGACACCACCACCCAAAGGCCAGACGGAACCGGUUUAUCCAGAUCAUAGAAAUGCCAUUUCUGUUAGCGCAGGGUAUCAAUACCAGAACGUUCUGACUGAACAGAUAUCAAAAGAGGUUACGGAGAAAGUUGGUAACAUAUCGUACGCAUUCUCGGGAGAUGACCAUGACUACUGCGAAGUGGUCCACCGCAGAUACUCUUCUGCGGGAAAGGGCAUUCGCGAGAUUACUGUGAAAUCCAUAUCUUGGGCGAUGGGUGUACGACUCCCAGGUAUUCUUAUGCUUAGCAUGUGGAACCCUAUCGACAAGUACGGGAAUACUCUGGAGAGCGAAGUUGGGAGUAGCAACACGAUCCAGACCCAUCAGUGCUUGCUCCCAGACCAACUUGGUAUCUUUCUACAAUAUGUCACUCUCGUGGUCAUCACGUUCGCUUGCCUUCUUCUACGGGCUGCGCUUGUCAUGGUCGGGCGCUUACCAGGGUCAAUCAACACACCACUAGAUUCGAGUAGUAUCCUACCGACCUCCAGCAAGGCAAUGUCGUCGGCAGAGUUUGAAAAGACUGAAAUCCAUCAUAGCCGACAGUCUUCCUACGCAGAAGACAAAUCUGUGAACGGUUCGACGUCCGCCGAAAAUAGGUCGGUGCUCAACGCACGUAAUGGCUACGCUCGUGAGCGUUCUGGCAGUUCUGCGAAAUCAACCUAUACAUAUCCACUCAUCAACCAUGCUGGCAACUUCGGCCCUACGAAAAGAGAGACGAGGGUGACUGCUAAGCAUACCACCCAGAAGAAGAAAAAAAGGGGGUUAGCGCUGCUCUGGGCGGAGUUCUCAUGGAGCUUAGUAAAGGUUGGAGGUGUUGCCUUUGCUUGGUACUUUUGGCUGAUCAAAACGGGAUGA